UCACAGGACACAGGUACAGGAGCCUUGAAGGUAAACUAGGUAGCGAUCUUGAAGGUAAACUAGGUAGCGAUCUGUCAUUUGACGUUUUGGACAAUUGUGUUUAGACGUGAAGCGUCCAAAAGAGUUCCAAAAGUGCAGUUUAUGGGACUUAUUCUAAAGCUUGGCAUCUGAACAUCAGUAGGCCUUUGUCCUUGACCAAGUGAUAAAUUAAUCAUGCCGAACGAAAACACCGUCGACGCGCCAGACAACGACAUGCCCUCGGAAAUGCCAAACCUCCAGACGCCGGAGUCCCCGAUUGGCAGCCCCCCCCCACAGAGCUAUCUGUUGGAUAUGACACAGGCGGACAGCUGCUCAACUAAUUUGACCCUGGCCCAUGAAAUAGUGGUCGACAGAGACUUCUGCUUCAAACAGAGCACCCCUCCCAUAGACAGCUUGGCGGGAAGAGUGAAGGAGAUUGUCCACCGUGCAUUCUGGGAUAGUGUGCGAGCUCAGCUGUCACUCAGUCCUCCAGAUUAUACCCAUGCAAUUAGGCUUCUGCAGGAGGUGAAAGAGAUCCUGCAGUCUCUGCUCCUGCCGGGCCACAGGCUUCUCCGGGCCCAGCUGGACGAGGUUCUGGACCUGGUUCUGAUCCGACAGCAGGCUGCCCACGGGGCACUGGACCUCCCCCGCCUCAGUGCCUACAUCGUGGGCACCAUGGCCUCCCUCUGUGCCCCGGUGCGAGACCCCGAAAUCCGGAAACUGAGGGACCAGAGCGACCCCGUGGACCUGCUCAGAGAGAUCAUGCGGGUGCUGGGUCUGAUGAAGAUGGACAUGGUCAACUUCACUGUGCAGAGCCUUAGGCCACACCUCCUCCAGCAGGCCGUCCAAUACGAGCGCGCCAAGUUCCAGGAGCUCCUGGACAAGAAGCAAGUCUCCUUGGACAAUACCAGUGCCUGGCUGCAGAGGGCACUGUUGGACGCUUCCACAGUUGGCUCCAGCAGUGAGAGCUCAGAGCAAGGUGGAACCAAACCCCAUAUUUCCAGCCCAGUCAGUCCUACUGCCGUGCUGAAUCGGGCCUACUUCCUCCUGCUGAGCUGGGAUCCUGACAGCCAGCCGUACCCUGAGUCGGUUCUGAUGGACCAGGCCCGUAUGGAGUCUCUGGGCCAGAAACUAAACCUGCUGGUUCUGGAGGCUGCAGUACUGCUGGUGACCAGCACGCAGUGUGGGGGCGCUGUGUUCUCAGUGCCAGGGUUUGUAGGUAAUCUCAAGCAGACCAUUACAGCCCUACUGGAGGGCUGUCACCAAAGAAGCUUUGACCAGCAGGGGGCACUGUUGGCUCUAGGGGAGCAGCUCUAUAAGCAGGUGGAGCAGGCUCUAAGUGCCCAGGGAGGGGUGCCUCUGUCCCCUGGGGUUGAGAGCCUGCUAAAGGGGCAGAUUACAGGCCUGGCUGAGGACCACAACCCUGUCCGGAGCCUUAUAGGGUCCCGUAUCCAGAGUUACCUGCUUGCAGUGCUGGGGGCCCCAAACUCUCAGAGGGACCCCACAGUGCCCCCAGCCCUCCUGAUGGUGGCCCCCGAGCUGCAGGAGCUGGCUGGGGCGUUCAGGAGCAUCGUGAACUUCAACCGCACCGUGUUUGGGCCGUACUACUCUCCCAUCCUGAGGAGACUGCUCUUCCCCGAGGGAGGGGCCGAGAUGGGCGUGGACUCCCGUUAGCCCCGCGCUCACUCCAGAAUAAGCUGACAGACAGCUACUGCCAGCAAUCACAGACUGUACAAGGCUGAUAACAUAUUGCUUCAAAUGUGGAAGUAUUCUUAGUAGUGUACAUGGAUCUAAACUGAACAGUAUGGAUGCAUUCAUACUACCCAGUUGGUCUGUCUGUUUAUUCCUGUCCCCUUCUGAGUAAACAAGCAUUAACCAAUGAUGCAAAAGAUUAACCAAAGGCAUGUAAAGAUUUAGAAAUGAUAGCCAUUUAAAACGGUUAAAGUGCUGGUUUUAGAAACAGAUUAAGCUUAGUCGUGGAUUAAAUAGAGUUUUGUAUGGAGAAUCUCCAUUCAAAAAUUAAUUUUAGUCUAGGACUAGGCUCAAUCUGUCUCUGUGAAACUGGCUCCACCUUAGUUUAGUUGUCCAUGAAAUGGUGACUCAUGAGUUCUGUACAGUUCACUUUCAUAUUCAGACAGAAAAUGAUUGUCAGUUUUAUAUUUAAUCAAUCCUCAUCCUAAUGUUGUAUUUUUAUUGUUUAUGGGUUGGGAGUUUUGUUUUGGGAAGCCUUGGCAGCUUUAAUUUCUUAAGUUUUUUUGUUUGUUUGUUUUUUUGAGCAGACACUGUGAAUAUUUUUGGUACAUUUUCAAUAUCACUAUCUAUUCCUUUCAGACUGGUUGAGAUGCUGAGAUGAUUGGGUGCUUCAGUGUAUGUGUGUGUACUAGUAGCAUUUUUCUAUAUAUUUCAAAGCACUUACCAAAGAUUAUGCGCAUGUAUCAAUCUAUGCACAAGUAAAGGUGUAUUUAAAAAAUGUA